AUGACCAGUGGCCAGUCGUCACCGAGGUUAAUGUUUUUCGACCGCGGCAUGUUCCACAUUAAUUUGAGCAAGACGACCAAUGUGGUAACCGACAACUCCAACGGCUGGCAGAACGGCGACGACAACGCCAGCAGGGAAGGUAUACUGCCGAGCAGCGAUUCGCCGUCGUCUGACGUCGGCACGUCGGAUACCGUCCAGCAGAUUACGUCUCAUCUGGUCACUUCGCUGUCUGCCUCCAAGGAGCCCGUUGCUUUGCCCGACCACUCGCAGCUGGCAGUGUUGCUGAACUGGCUCAAGCCGGCGAUCGAUCGUGGCUCUGCUUCGGUACUUACUUAA